AAAAAGGUAAGAACUUUGAAUCACGAUGCUUUCCCGGCGGAGCCGAUCCCAAUCGGGCGUCGUAAUUGGGCUGAUUCGGCGAUGGUUAUCCACCAAGACGACGGUGAUGAGCUUCGGAGAUGGAUCUCAGGGUGCGCUAGGCCUGGAAGGUUCCCCGGUAGGCUUUGGCUGCGACGCUUAUGAGCCAACUCCUGUCCCAGACCUACCCCCCGACGUCUGCCGCAUCGCCGCCGGUCACUACCACUCCCUCGCCGUCACUUCUCAGGGGCAUGUUUGGGCUUGGGGCCGUAACAAUGAGUCCCAACUUGGGCGACGGGAGAUCUCCCAAAGGGAGUCAUGGAGCAAACCUCAAAGAGUGGAAGGAUUGGAUACAGUGAUGGUUCGAGAUGCAUUUGCAUCUGGUGUGGCAUCGGCUGCCGUAGGAGACGAUGGCAGUUUGUGGGUAUGGGGAAAAUCCAAGCGUGGACAAUUAGGUCUCGGACAAAACAUCACUGAGGCUGUUUUACCAGCUAGAGUCGAAGCACUUGUUGGACACGAGAUAGUUAAGGUCUCACUAGGGUGGGGACACACUCUUGCCUUGACAAAGAGUGGGAAAUUGUUUGGGUGGGGUUAUUAUGCUGAUGGUAGAUUGGGGAAGAUCAGUACAUUGUUGGAGGCUUCUCCAUUGGAUUCAGUUACCCAAAAGGUAAAUUCAUACCGGAAUUCUAAGUCAAUGAUCGAAUCAGCUGAGAAAUUAGUUGUAGAAGCAAUCGAGAAGGAAAAGGACAUGCCGAUCAUUUGGGAACCUACUUUGAUAGAAGAACUGGGAAAUGUUGAAGUUGUGGAUGUUGCCUGUGGCCUCGACCAUUCCUUAGUUCUAUGCCGUAAUGGCACUCUUUUAAGUGGAGGGAGCAAUGCAUACGGCCAGUUAGGCAGAGUAGACGAAGAUUUAGGACUGUAUCCUGUGGAUGUAGAUGCAACAGCCAUGUCGCCUAUUGUUAUAGCAUCUGGGCUCGGGCACUCGUUGGCAGUUGGCGAAGGAAAAGAUGGAUCGAGUGUUUUGACAACAUGGGGAUGGAAUGGAAAUCAUCAGCUUGGGAGAGAGGGUCCGGAGAAUGUACCCGGGGUUGUGUAUGGUGGUCUGGCUGAUGAAGAGCCGGUUUCUGUUUGUGGUGGACGGGUGCAUUCAGUCGCUGUGACGAAAAAUGGUGAGGCGUGGGCUUGGGGGUGUGGCAGGAAUGGCCGGCUCGGGUUGGGUAGCUCGGCGGAUGAAGCUGAACCUGCAUUGAUCGAACAUUUGGAGGGUUCGGAGGUUUUACAAGCUGCUGCAGGUUUUGAUCAUAGUCUUGUUCUUGUUUCUGAUUGAUCAACGCUCAUAUAUGUAUGAGAGUAUGAUCAACAUAAGUUAUACAGGUAAUCAACAUAUAUUUAUAUAUGUCGCAACAUAUUCAUAAUACAAUAUAUAUUAUAUUAGCAUAUGUUAUAUUAUAACUCGAGCAUAUAUUAUAUUAUGUGUAAAUAUAUGUUGGUUACGUGCAUGACAUAUGUUGAUCCGAUCAAAUUCGAACUAUGUCGACUUGCCAGAUGAACGCAAGAUCCGCAUGUAUAUUCAUAUAUAUUUAUAUAUUGUGUUUUCUGCAUCAUCCUUUGAAAAAUUCGGUUUAAUUGAAGAUCAAAAGUUGUUUCAAAUUAUUUUUUAUUUUCAAUUCCUCGUUAAUUAUCUUUCUAUCCAAAUUCGUUUCUGUAAUUCGUAACAAAUGCAGCUUUGACUCUUUCAAGUGCAGUGCAUAUUUUUAUCCACUUUAGGAUAAGCUUUGGUUGACCAAUAAAAGCUAAUAAUGUUUCCACGACUUCUUUUCUCAUCAUCAUGAAACAAAAUAAGUAAAUUGAUAAUACAAGUUGCUGCCGACCAACUGUUAAUCGCCGGCGCCGGCGAAUUAUCAACUCUCAGCACCAUCAGCAGUAAUAAUAUUACAUACUUUUAUAUACCUAAUUAUUUUGGCAAAUUAAUCAAUCAACCUCCACAGCCACCGCAGCCACCACAGCCGCCGCAUCCUCCUCCAUCUCCCCCACCGCAGCAGCAGCCUUGGGAGGCGCUGGAACCCGCCGCCCCGCCGCCAUUAUUGCGGU